AUGAUGCCAAAGAAUGAGGCCCGCAAGUACAGGGACGACUUCCUGGCGCAGCACGACGCCAAGCCCGCCAGCACGUUCUUGUACAACAUCACGGCAGCAAUACACGAAGGCGACAUGCCGGACCGUGCGACGGCGACGCAUGCAGAGGUCAUGCAGCUGUGGAUCGCGGCUGCCGGCAGCCUGCGGGCAGAUACCGCCAUAGAGCUCGUCUAUGACUACGGCAUGGACGCGGGCACCGUCCUCAAGGCGGUUGACGCCAAGGACCCCCCUCUUUUUAAGCAGCCUCUCGCACAAAUGUGUCCGGUCGUACUUCGCGAAUAA